AUGCUUCGGAGCGCGGCGGGGCCCUCUCCAGCUGCCAGCAAGCGGACUCGCUCUGCCACCGUGCAGCUCUCUGCCCGCCCUGCCCGCUGCCGGACCCUGUCGGCCACCGCCUCGCUGUUCCGCAGGCUGGCCUCCGCCGCGACCCGGGUGUCCGCCGCUUCGCACACGCUCCUCCCGGCCAUCGCUCCUGCCGCCGCUUCGCACACGCUCCUCCCGGCCGUCGCUCCUGUCGCCGUCUCGCACACGCUCCUCCCGGCCGUCGCUCCUGCCGCCGUCUCGCACACGCUCCUCCCGGCCGUCGCUCCUGCCACCGGGCCACCCCGAGCCACCGCCGGGGUCGUUGCCCUCGUCGCAGCAUGGGUGGCGGCCGGUGUUAGCCUUGCGCCCGUCGCCCCCAGCCACUCGCGCCUCGCGGUUGUCCUCCGCACAGCGUUCGGCUCCCCCCCGUCCUGA